AUCCCUAAGGUUCCCCGUGGGAGAGUCGAUUUAUUGUAGGGGUACUGGAAAGUAGGCGAAACAGGAAUAGGCGAAACAGGAAUAGGCGAAACAGGCAUAAACCACCUGUAUAUACAUGAUUUUGGUUUGCGCCUGUGAUCAUGCUAUUUGGAAUGACCGUACCAUCACUGGGUGAACGACCUAUGUUAUUUUCGAACCUACCGAUAGGAUUGCACUAAUAUAUUUUUAUUUAUACAUUGUUUGAGAGAAUGGUGUUAUUUCAAACAAUUUAGGGAAAUAAUCAAAUUCGUAAUAACCUGAAGAUUUUGCGUGGAAAUUGCAAGACCCCAGACAGGAACAGCAUGCUGUUACCGCUGUUGAGUAAUACUGCAUAAUAACAAUUACAUGUACAUGUAUGCAUGUGGGUACUCAUUACGCGGCUGGUUUCAUGUUGGGUGGACGCAUUUCCUCCAGACACGGUGAUCGUAAUUUUGAUACCAAAUCAAAGUUCUUGGUUAUCAACCUUUCUCAUUAUGAAGUUCGUAAGUACCAGAGGAACCCUGCGUGGAUUGUCCUUCGAAGAUGCAUUGAUGUCAACCGGUUUCCUCCGUGACGGCGGGCUAUUGCUGCCGGAGAGGAUACCUACGAUAUCGGCGGACACCUUGACGAAAUGGUCGACGUUAUCCUAUCCUGAACUUGUGACAGAAGUAGUUAGUCUCUAUGUUUCGGAAGACGAGAUCCCGAGAGUCGAGCUUACAGGUGUUAUCGAGAGAGCUUUCAGAAGAUUUCGCCACGAAGAUGUCGUCCCUGUUACGAAGUUAAAAGAUGGUUUACAUGUUCACGAACUCUUUCAUGGCAUCACCUACGCAUUCAAGGACUUGGCUCUGUCGUGUGUCGGGCAGUUUAUGGACUAUUUCCUGAGCAAGAGAAAGAAACGAAUCAUAAUCUUAGUCGUGACUUCGGGAGAUACUGGUAGCGCCGCCCUGGAGGCGGUCAGGGGGUCAAAAUGGAUAGACAUUAUCGUCAUGUUGCCAAAGGAUAGAUGUUCGCGGGUCCAGGAGUUGAUGAUGACCACUGUCCUUGAGGAUAACUGCCAUCUGUACAGAGUUGAUGGAAACUGCGAUGACUUAGAUGAAGUCAUGAAGGCCGUUUUAACGGAUGAGAAUUACUGCAAGAAACACAGUAUCACAACCAUAAACUCGGUCAACUGGGCAAGGAUCAUGGUCCAGAUCGCGCACCAUAUUUAUGGAUAUUUGAAGGUGUGCCGUUCGAUUGGAGAGACUGUCGAGACGGUCAUACCGACAGGUGGGUGUGGGAACCUAUCUGGUGCCACAAUAGCGAUGAAGAUGGGACUUCCCAUCAAGAUUACCACAGCAGUUAAUGACAAUGACAUAGUGGCACGGACGUUUCGGGAUGGUGAUUGGUCUGCCAAUGAGGUGAAGAUGACUAUUUCACCAGCAAUGGAUAUACAGUGUCCCUACAACUUGGAGAGGGUGUUCUAUCUGCUAAGUGGCCGGGAUACAGACUUGAUCAAUCAGUUGGCGGAGGAAUUUGAAUCAUCAAAUUCAAAGGUUCAGCUUCCAAGCAAUCUCCUUACCAAGAUUCACGAUGCGUUCAGUACAUUCUGCGCCGACGAGAGCACUACAGUAGCAACCAUGAAGCGUUGCUGGGAGGAGAACGGGUACCUCUUGUGUCCACACACGGCCACUGCUGUCGCAUGCCACUAUGAGCGGUUGGAUUCUAGGUCUGCCUCUAGUCCUCCCCGGAUUUGCCUCGCCACCGCCUCGCCAGCCAAGUUCACCGAGGCAGUGGAAGGUGCUGCAGGUUUGACACCUCAACUGCCAGAUGACAUCAAAGCGCUAUACACCAUGCCGACCAAGUUUGAGGAGUUGGUAAAGGGAGAUAACUGGAACAAGGUUCUCAGAGGAAGAAUUGAAGAAAUAACCAAAAGUUAUUCAUAGACUGACUUUUGCCCCACAGACCUGGUACUAGGAAUCCUUGUUUGCCCAAUGGUGUUCUUGGGAUGUUAAUUACGAAGAAUCAUGUCAUAAAUAUAUUCAAGCC